AUGAAGUCAAACGACGCCAUCGAACACGCCGCGUCCCUCAUCCGCGACGGUAAAGCGCGCAAGAUCGCAGUCAUGACCGGGGCAGGCAUCUCGACGUCGGCCGGCAUCCCCGACUUCCGCUCACCCGGUACUGGUCUCUAUGACAAUCUGCAGGCCCUCGACCUGCCCGUUCCCGAGGCCGUCUUUUCCCUCGACUACUUCCACUAUCGACCAGAGCCGUUCUGGACAUUGGCAAAGGACCUGUAUCCUGGAAAAUACUUUCCCACUCCAACGCACUACUUUCUCAAGCUGUUACAUGACAAGGGCGUGCUACAGCGCGUGUGGAGUCAGAACAUCGACACGCUGGAGACGGCGGCUGGCGUGCCUCCCGACCUGGUGAUGGAGGCGCAUGGAUCAUUCCGCACCGCCCACUGCCUCAAGUGCCGCCGGUCCGCGAGCACAGAAUACGUGCUCAAGGCGGGGGUACGGCAGGGUGCCGUGGUCCGCUGUGAGCAUUGUAAAGGCCUCGUCAAGCCGGAUAUUGUCUUCUUUGGCGAGGGACUUCCGGACAACUUUUUCGAGCUGAUGCCCGAGCUCCGCCACGCCGACCUCGUUCUCGUCAUGGGCACGUCGUUGCAGGUGCACCCGUUCGCGGGGCUUGUGGAGCGCGUGUCGUCCUCCACGCCGCGGGUGCUCAUCAACCGCGAGGCGGUGGGUCCCUUCUCCCGCGUCAAGCAUGGCAAGCGGAGAGGCCGGGACGGCGUGUAUCUCGGCGACGCGGAUGAUGCUGUGCGCGAGUUGGUGCGCGCGAUCGGAUGGGAGGAGGAGCUGGACGAGUUGAUUGCCGAGGGGCAGAAGAGGUUGGAGACCGAGUGGAAGGCGAUGGGUGCGACCGAGAUGGAGGUGGAGGCCGAGGACAGCAAAGCAAAGGAAGAGGCGGCGGGAGAGGACCAAUCUGACGUUGCUCCUGCUGUCGAGGCCGAGGCCGAGGCCAAGAACGCACCCAAGGACGCGGGCAAGGAUGCAGCUGCAGCUACGGACAAGAUGGCCGAGGGCGAACCGCUCUUGGCUGCGGCCAAGGCGAUUGAGGCAGAGACUGCAAAGGACGCUGCCCUCGAGAACGAAGUCGAGGCACUCACAUCGGGCCUUGCUGGGGUCAAGGUCGACGACAAAGCCAAGGUUUGA